GCAAGGAGAGGUUCUACAACUGUCCAAUUCCUCCAAAGAGAGAUUAGUUUAUCAUUUUAUCUGUAUCCAACUUCAACGAUGCCUCUCGUGGCCAGCGAUAUCCCGACGGACGAAGACCUAGAAGAUCUGGUCGAGGAUGGACUUUCUCUUGCUACCUGCAUAUCAGACUCUGGAAAGAAAGCCAGGAAAAAGAAGCUGUCUGGUAAACCUCCCCCUUCUCCCAGGUCUCCGUAUCUCUCCAGUAUGGAUGUGAACCCGAGGAGAUCAGCGGUGUCAGCCUGGAGGCCCCUGAGAGGAACUCUGGGGGAGAGGGGGGAGGCCCUAGGGGGGAGAGGUGACACUCUGUUGGAGAGGGGUGAGACAGCUCGGACCCCCAGAGAGAGCUGUCUGGCUUCGCUAAGCAACGGGCACGACUACAGAGAGAAGGAGGACAUGUACGAUGAGAUCAUCCACCUCAAGAAGAGUCUUCAGGCUCAGAAGUCCGAGAAGGACAGGAUGAAAGCCAAACUACGGCGUCUGGAGGAGGACAAAACUAAGAAAGACAAGCAAAUAGAACAGCUGCUGGAUCCCACCAAGGGACCGGAGUACACACUGGGUCUGGUGGACAAGAAACACCAGGGGAGCCUGGUUGUUAAUGGACUGAAACAGAGAAUCCUGAAGCUGGAACAGCAGUGUAGAGAGAAGGAGAACACUGUGACCAAACUGCAGAGUGAGCUGCAGACCACUAAUCUGGAGGAGUUGAAGAUCACAGUGGAGACCUACUUUGAGGAGAUUCAGAGACUGAGGAUGAUAUUGGACGCAACAGAGAAAAGCAGUAGAGCAGAGAGUAAAGGUUCUCAGAGGAAGCAGAAGGUUCUAAGCUCUACGGUUCUGCGUCUAUCAGAGAACCUGAAACAGCUACAGCAGGAGAACCACACACUGAGAGAGGAAGUCAACACAGACAGUCCAGCCAGUGGGCUGAAAGCCUACAAAGACUGGAGCAAACAGAGAGUGUUGAGGAGACUGGUGGAACUGGAGACGAGGUUAGAGGAGGGGAGGAGAGCCCCGGCCAGGAGGAGUGGGGUGGACAGACCAGUCCAGACUGACACCCACACCACGCCCACGGAGACAGAGGUUGCUACGACGCCGGGGAUAACCACCGUAACAACGGAAGGGGGCGUUGCAGUGGGAAACACCCAACAGGAAGGGGAGGGGUUUGUCCGUCUGAAGGGGUGUGUCAGACAACUGGAGCAGGAGAAGGCGGAGCUACAGGAGACGCUGACCGAUAGAGAACGGGAGCUGAGACGACUGAUGGCUGAAAGAGAGCAGGAAGAGGAAGAGACGGAGAGGAGGAAGAAUGAACGAAGGAGUGAUCAUGAGAAGGAAACACAGCUCUACCUACUGGAGAGAGAACAGCUGACCGUGAAGAUACAAACCCUGGAGGAGGAGAAGAAGAGAUGGACUGGAGAAGAACAGAACCAGGAGAACCGGAAGGAGAACCCAGAAGGGAGGGAGGAGAAGGAAAGGGCAGCUAGGGUGAUCCAGAGAGAGUGGCUGGAGCACAGAGAAAGGGACACAGUAUUUGUCCAGUCAGCAAUAAGAGGACAUCUCCUCAGACAGAGCCAGAUAGCUCACCUCCAAGACACACACACCAGCACUCUCAUCAAGGUCACACACACACACACACACACACACACACACACACACACACUUCAUUUCCAGAAUGGCCAAUCACAGCGCGGCAGUGAUGUUACCUCCUGUGUGGAGGAUGAGGAGCUGGUUGCCGUGACGCUGAUCCAGUCUGUGUUCCGAGGUCACCUGACACGUAGCGCACUAAUGACGGAGAGCUCUGAGUCUCCAGCCCCUCCACCAGCUCCUAGAAGAGUCCCCUCUGUUCCUUCAACACACACUCCCAGCAACACAGCCCUUCCAGGCAGUGAUGUAGAUGAAGAUGUAACGAAGCUGAGUGAGGAAGAUCCCUGGCCUGUCUCUAACACACUGUCCAACAGGAGGAGACUCACACCAGCACAACUACAGCUCCACCCACCUCCAGACUCCAAGGUUGCUAAGGCGAUGGACUCUGAGGAUUCGGACGAUGACAUCAUCGUGUCUCCGUCUCGUCUCGUGGGAAGGAGAGAGGAGAUCUACUUCUAGACCAGAGCGUUGCACUAUGGGAUAUGAAGUGUGUGUGUGUAGCUGGGUAUGCAGGCUUUUACUCCAGCCCUACACCAGAUUCAAUCAAGGUCCAGAGGACAUGCUGAUAAGUAGAACCAAGUGUGUUUUGGUAGUGCAGGGCUGGAACGAAGUCCUGCACGUGCAGUAGCUCCCCGGGA